CUUAACCCAAAUGUAAGUGUAUUUCAGAGAAAAUUUGUGAAUGAAGUAAAGAAGUGUGAAGAAAUGGAAAGAAUACUUGGGUAUUUAGUACAAGAAAUUAAAAAAGCAGAUAUUCCACUUCCUGAAGGAGAUGUUGCUCCUCCUGCCCCCUUGCUGAAACAUGUUUUAGAAAUCCAGGAACAGUUGCAGAAGCUGGAGACAGAAUUGAGGGAAGUAACUAAAAACAAAGAAAAGCUGAGGAGAAACCUGCUUGAACUGACAGAAUACACAUGCAUGUUAGAGGUCACGCAAAGAUUUGUCAGGAGAACAGCUGAGUAUGAAUCCCAUUUAUAUGCAAAUUAUGAAGAAUUUCCAUCUGUGGAAAAUGAGCCAUUAGUGGAUUACAACUGUAUGCACAGACUGGGUGCCAAGCUGGGAUUCAUAUCUGGGUUAGUUCACAUAGCAAAAGUGGAAGCAUUUGAAAAAAUGCUGUGGAGAGUCUGUAAAGGAUAUACUAUUCUCACCUAUGCGGAGUUGGAUGAAUGUCUGGAAGAUCCAGAUACAGGUGAAACCACAAAAUGGUUUGUUUUUUUAGUGUCCUAUUGGGGUGAACAAAUUGGCCAGAAAGUUAAGAAGAUUUGUGAUUGCUAUCACUGUCAUGUGUAUCCCUAUCCAAAUACCACGGAGGAGCGCAAGGCAGUUGUUGAAGGACUAAAUGUUCGUAUUCAGGAUCUUCAUACUGUGCUGCAUAAAACUGAGGAUUACUUACGCCAGGUCUUGUGUAAAGCAUCUGAAUCCAUCUAUACAUGGGUUAUCCAAGUGAAGAAGAUGAAAGCCAUUUAUCAUGUACUCAACCUGUGCAGUUUUGAUGUCACAAAUAAAUGUUUAAUCGCUGAGGUUUGGUGUCCGGUGGCUGAUCUGCAGAAUUUGCGCCAUGCAUUGGAGGAAGGUUCAAGGAAGAGUGGAGCUACAAUUUCUUCAUUCAUGAAUACCAUCCCAACAACACAGCCUCCUCCAACUUUGAUACGUACCAAUAAAUUCACCUCAGGGUUCCAAAACAUCGUUGAUGCUUAUGGAGUUGGAAACUAUGGGGAAGUUAAUCCAGCUCUCUAUACCAUCAUCACUUUUCCCUUCUUGUUUGCGGUUAUGUUUGGUGACUUUGGGCAUGGUCUGCUAAUGUUCAUAUUUGCGCUCCUGACGAUACUGUAUGAAAACCACCCUAGAUUACGAAGAUCACAAGAUGAGAUAAUGAAAAUGUUAUUUGAAGGCCGAUACGUUAUUUUAUUAAUGGGUCUGUUUUCUGUAUACACUGGACUGAUCUAUAAUGACUGUUUUUCAAAGUCAUUAAAUAUCUUUGGUUCUGGAUGGAAUGUUUCAGCAAUGUUUGAACAGAAGGCUUGGCGUCUUGAGGAUCUGAAGUCUAAUCAAUUUUUAACACUGGAUCCAAAUGUUACUGGUGUAUACAAUGGAGCUUAUCCCUUUGGAAUUGAUCCGAUCUGGAAUUUGGCAAGCAACCGUCUCAGUUUUUUAAACUCUUUCAAAAUGAAAAUGUCUGUGAUUUUUGGGGUAACUCACAUGACGUUUGGAGUUGUAUUGGGGGUAUUUAACCACUUGCAUUUCAAGAAGAAGUAUAAUAUUUAUUUGGUUUUUCUUCCUGAACUUUUAUUCAUGAUGUGCAUCUUUGGCUACCUUGUGUUUAUGAUCUUCUUUAAAUGGUUAGCGUACUCUGCAGAGGACUCUACAUCUGCUCCUAGUAUUCUGAUUCAAUUUAUUAACAUGUUCCUGUUUCCUGGUGGUGAAACAGAGGUCUUCUACACCGGACAGGUUGCUCUACAGAGGUUUUUACUUAGUAUUGCUUUUCUUUCUGUUCCUGUAAUGCUUUUUGGUAAACCACUUUAUUUAUAUUGGUUGCACAGUGGAGGCCGAGGCAUUAGAAUGUACAGGAGUGGCUACAAGCUAAUUCGAAAAGAAAGUGAAGAAGAACUUUCUCUGCUGAGAUCUCAUGAUGUAGAAGAAGGAAGCAGUCAUUCAGACAGUGGGCACAGAGAGGGGGAUGGAGAGGAGUUUAAUUUUGCAGAUGUUUUUAUGAAUCAAGCAAUUCAUACCAUUGAAUACUGUCUAGGAUGUAUUUCUAAUACAGCCUCGUAUCUGAGACUCUGGGCAUUAAGUCUUGCUCAUGCACAGCUGUCAGAAGUUCUGUGGCAAAUGGUGAUGAGAGUGGGUCUUCGUGUCGAUACAACGUAUGGUGUCUUACUGCUAGUCCCUGUUCUAGCCUUUUUUGCUGUGCUAACGGUUUUUAUUCUUUUGGUCAUGGAGGGGCUGUCUGCUUUUCUACAUGCUAUACGACUUCACUGGGUGGAAUUUCAGAACAAAUUCUACUCUGGUGGAGGAUACAAGUUUACGCCUUUCUCUUUUAAGCACAUUUCUUUACAUUUUAAUAAAGAUGAUAUGCCAUAGUUUGGUUGCUGUCAGCAGAAAUGUUUGGAAUUGUCUGCAAAUAAUCAUGUGAUUGGAUCUCACCUGUGAAUGGUUUCCUGUAGGACAAAGUGUUUUUCACUGAUUGCCUUAUAAUGCAGCCAAAUAAUUUUGUAAUAUAUACCUCCCAUAGAAAUACAUAGCGGAUCUGGAGCAUUUUGUAAAAUAUAUAGAUAGAAAAUGUACAUUUUUCUUGAUAAGCAAAUGUUGUAAAUUAAUUUUAUUCUUAAAAAAAAAA